UCUGACGACGAUUCCCCAACAUCCGACGAUUUGGAACAAUUCGCUCGCCAGUUCAAACAAAGAAGAAUAAAGUUGGGAUUCACUCAAGCCGAUGUUGGUUUGGCUCUUGGCACGCUGUACGGCAACGUUUUCUCGCAAACAACCAUUUGCCGUUUCGAAGCUCUACAACUCAGUUUUAAAAACAUGUGCAAAUUAAAACCUUUGCUGCAAAAGUGGCUAGAAGAGGCCGACUCGACCACCGGCAGUCCAACCAGCAUCGACAAAAUUGCCGCCCAAGGAAGGAAACGUAAAAAGAGAACGAGUAUUGAAAUAACAGUGAAAGGUGCUUUAGAGUCACAUUUUGUAAAACAACAAAAACCAGCCGCUCAAGAAAUAGCAGCGUUGGCUGAGCAGUUGCAACUUGAGAAAGAAGUUGUAAGGGUGUGGUUUUGUAACAGGAGGCAGAAGGAAAAAAGAAUGACACCC